UUUUUUUCUGAUCUUAUCCAUAUUCUGAAUGUGCCCAAAUUGUUAACGUUGCAUCUACACACGGUAUUAAAAUGUGUCUUCUAUCCUUCCACUGUGUCUGCAUUGUGACCAGAUUUGAUGGUGCCUCCCAGUAUACAGAUUAUUUGACACAUUUUUAAAAAAAAAUGUAUUUAUUUAUUUUAAGACAUGGUGUUACCUGUAAAUGAUUUUAGAGACCGGUAUAGUGAUGAUUUAAAUUAUUUGACCAUCCAGGUUGGUUUGUACUUGAUUGAUAAUAUCCAAAUACUCUGGGUCCCUGACUACCUCCGGAGGUGGUCAGGAAGAUCUGAUCAUGAUCAGAUCACAAUGCGUCUUUUAAUCGUCUAAAAAUGUGGGCACAAUCAGAAUAUGGACAAGACCAGGACAAAGGACGCAUGUUAGAACCAGGUAUAAACGGGGCUUCUGACUCAAUGUGUAUAGUACAAAGAAACUCUAAGGAUGAUUUUUUUUAUUCUAGUCUAGCGUUGAUCAUACUUACUAGGUGGCUGCACAUGUUACAGUAUUUUCUGAAAGAAAGGAUACAUGAAGUGCUGAGUAAAAAUGCCUAUAACAACACUCACAGCACGUCAUGUCUAGUGCCACCUACAGCGGGAACAAAUCCGACGAUAACUGUACCAAUGUGGACACCCUGAUGAAACGCUACUACCUGCCCGUCAUGUACAGCGUCAUUUUCGUUGUGGGGCUGCUGGGUAACGUCACCUCCAUCGCCAUCUACCUGAUCAAGCUACGACCCUGGAAGUCCAGCAGUAUCAUCAUGUUCAACCUGGCGUUGACGGAUCUUCUGUAUGUUCUGAGUCUGCCUUUCAUGGUCUACUACUACACCAACGGUGAAUCCUGGACCCUGGGCGACUUCAUGUGUCGCUUUCUGCGUUUCGGGUUCCACUUUAACCUAUAUGGUAGUAUACUGUUUCUCACCUGUUUGGCUGUGUUUCGAUAUGUCGUGGCGGCGCAUCCUCUGAGGGCGGCGCAGGUGCAGCAGAAGAGGUGGGGUAUCUUGGCGUGCGCUGUGGUCUGGGCCAUAGCCGUGGCAGAGAUCGUUCCCAUGCUCACCAUGAUCACCAUGGAGACUAAAAACAACAAGACCCAGUGUUUGGACUUUGCUAGCGGCGACCCGGCUGUCCUGUGGUGGUACGGCUGGCUGCUGACCGUGCUGGGCUACCUGCUGCCCCUGGUGGUGGUGGUGGUGUGUUACGCCGGUGUGGUCCGUGAACUAGCCAAGGGGCCCCACACCCACAACCCUUGCCGCGUACGGGCACGCCGCCUCAACGUACUGAUCCUGGUGGUGUUCGUGGUAUGCUUCCUGCCAUACCACGUCUUGAGGAUCCUAAGAGUAGACACCAGGAUGAAGCCUGAGUCAUCAUGUAUGAUGGUGCACUGGGUCCACACCGCUUAUAUCGUGUCCAGGCCCAUAGCGGGGCUCAACACCUUCUUUAACCUGGCUCUGUACACCUUGGCCGGGGACAAGUUCCAGCAGGCCUUCCUCAGUGUGUUCCCCUGGGGUUCCUGGUGGACCAAGUUCAGGACUCACCUCAAACUCAGCCUGGCUGUCGUCAGUAAGCCCAGUAACACAGCUUCAGCCAAAAGGCCAGCAGCCAUGGAUAUGGCAUGAAAUAUAGUACAGUGUUCUGUUUAAUUCUGUGUGGACAUUACUAUCAUGGCAAUAUAUUUUCCUUCAAUAUUGUAUAUACUGUACUGUGAUCCUGUAAAUAGAAAACCUUUUAUCAGAUUUUAUUAUACGCCAAUAUGAGGUUUACAGCAUGUGGUUUCUAUAAAUAUAUUAGAUACUUGUAAAGAGUGACUUUAUAUGUACUGUAUAGUCUAAUUGAUAUUGCCAUAUCACUUUAUUAUAAAUAAAUGUUUAACA